CGCGCUUUAUGUUGACAUGCAGCAGCUGCUUGUGUCAGUGCGGUUAUAAACCAGUGACAUGCUGCAUUUAGGAGUGUUUUGUUUUUACUGUCAUCGUCAUUUAUAGUGCCUUAAAGUUUCUAAACCAUGGAACCUGCUGUAGUUGUUCCUAAAGAGGCGAAUAAAUGGGACAUUCGUCUGAAAGUGUGGGAUUACAUCGAGACCAAAGACCUGGCCACUUUCCCCAGACCUGUACACCACAGGAUCCCAAACUUCAAGGGAGCUCAGGGGGCCUGUAGGAAGAUGGUGGGAUUUGACUUCUUCACCAAAAUCAGUGAAGUCAAAGUGGAUCCUGAUAAACCCCUGGAAGGAGCUCGACUAGCAACUCUACAGGCUGGAAAAACACUGCUGGUCCCGACACCUCGGCUACGGACAGGACUGUUUAACAGAAUCGUUCCUCCACAUAGAGCCACCAUGGAGGACCUGCGAGUGUGCUCGACAUCUCGGGGUGUUAAGGAGUUCAGUGUUCCUGUGGGUUUGGACUCGAGAGUUAACGUGGACCUGGUAGUUGUCGGUUCUGUCGCUGUAUCAGAGAAAGGUUACAGAAUUGGGAAAGGUGAAGGAUUUGCUGACAUGGAAUAUGCCAUGAUGGUCUCGAUGGGAGCAGUGAACGAAUCCACGGUGGUUGUGACUGUUGUUCAUGACUGCCAGGUUGUGGAUAUUCCAGAGGGACUGACAGAAAGUCACGAUCUCACCGUGGACUACAUCCUCACACCGAGCAGGAUCAUCAAGACUGAGAGUAGGAUCCCCAAACCACAGGGCAUCAUUUGGUCAAAGCUAGAUGCGGAGAUGCUGGAGAAAAUUCCCAUCUUGAAAAAACUGCGUGCCUUUGAACAGAAGGCUGGAAAGGACGUAACUCUGAAAGUCUCCUCUGCAGAAAGUGUGAAGAUAAAACAGGAGUAUGAACCCAAACACGAGCCCAAUCCCAGUCCUGCUUCAGAACCCGACCCGAGGCAAGACGGUAGACUUCCGGGUUCUGGCUCAGGUGAAGAACCUCGUGAACGUCCUCAGGCUCCUGUAAACACGCUGUAUUUAGGUGGCCUCCCAGCUGGACUGCGGGUGAGCGAGUUAAAGGGUUUCCUUAGAGAGCGAGAUGUUCUACCUGUUAGACUCACCUGGCAGGGGGCACAGCGCAGGGCGUUCCUCCAGUACGCUGAUGAACGAGCCACGGAUCAGGCUCUGGAUGCCCUGCAGGGGCUCUGUGUUAACGACCACGUGCUGCACAUAGAAAGAGCCAAACACCAAAAGAGCUUCCGUAGACCUGGUGCUUCCAAAGACUUAGCAAGAACGAACCAGGAGGAAAAUCUACAGCAUUCACUACAACCAGCAACAACAGGGUCCCAGAGGAGAGGAGAUGCUGGAGGAAAAACCCGGAAAAUGUUACAGAGGUGUGAGAUUUCAGGGGAAGAAGUUAGACAUCAAACGUGAUCUGAUCAUGAGCCGACAAUAAUAAUUGUUUCUGGAAAAUAAAAUUCAGAAAAUCUUUUGAAUAUGUUUAUUAAAGAUGAGCUUUGUUAUUAUUUUCAAAACAUUGUAGACCUGUAAAAAUCAUCACAUUUCAAUCAAGAAAGUAAUAAAACAC